AUGGCAUCAGUUGCAAGACCAACAGUAGCACCAUCUAAUGCUACUUUUAAAGAUAAAGAAAAACCACAAGAAGUUCGUAAGGCAAAUAUUCUUGCUGCUAGAGCUGUAUCAGAUGCAAUUCGUACAUCAUUAGGACCAAAAGGGAUGGAUAAAAUGAUCAGAACCAAAAAUGGAGAAAUCAUUAUAUCUAAUGAUGGAGCAACUAUUUUGAAACAUAUGGCAGUAUUACAUCCUGCUGCUAGAAUGUUAGUUGAUGUAAGUCAUGCUCAAGAUGUUGAAGCUGGAGAUGGUACCACCACUGUUGCCAUCUUGACCGGAGCAUUUUUGGGUGCAGCAGAACGAUUAUUAAAUAAGGGAAUCCAUCCAACUUUAAUUGCUGAAUCUUUCCAAACAGCAGCACAACGUUCAGUUGAAAUUUUAUUAGAUAUGUCAUAUAAAAUAAGUUUAGAUAAUCGUGAACAAUUGAUUCGUGCUGCUACUACUUCAUUAAGUUCAAAAAUUGUUUCCCAACAUUCUCAAUUAUUAGCUCCUUUAGCAGUUGAUUCUGUAUUAAAAGUUAUAAAUGAAGAAGAAAUUAUUAAUGAAAAUAAUGAAAUUACCAAAAAAAAGAAUGUCGAUUUAAAUGAUAUUAGAUUGAUUAAAAAAGUUGGUGGUACAAUCGAUGAUACUCAUUUGGUUAAUGGAAUUGUAUUGACACAAAAUGUCGUCAAACACGCUGGAGGACCUGUACGUGUGGAAAAAGCCAAAAUUGGAUUGAUUCAAUUUCAAAUAUCUCCUCCUAAACCAGAUAUGGAAAAUAAUGUUGUCGUUAAUGAUUAUCGACAAAUGGAUAAAAUUUUAAAAGAAGAAAGAGCUUAUUUAUUGAAUAUUUGUAAAAAAAUUAAAAAGGCUAAAUGUAAUGUAUUAUUGAUUCAAAAAUCAAUUCUUAGAGAUGCAGUUAAUGAUUUAGCAUUACAUUUCUUGUCAAAAUUAAAUAUUAUGGUUAUUAAAGAUAUUGAAAGAGAUGAAGUGGAAUUUUUAUCAAAAGCUAUUGGAUGUAAACCAAUUGCUGAUAUCGAUAAUUUUACUGAAGAUAGAUUAGGUAGUGCUGAUUUAAUUGAAGAAAUUGAUAGUUCAGGUUCCAAAAUUGUUGAAAUCACCGGGGUAACUUCAAAAAAUAUUAAACCAACAGUUUCUGUCAUUAUAAGAGGAGCUAAUAAUUUGGUUCUUGAUGAAACUGAAAGAUCUUUACACGAUGCUUUAUGUGUCAUUAGAUGUUUGGUCAAACAACAAGCUUUAAUUGCUGGUGGUGGAGCUCCAGAAAUUGAAGUUUCUAGACAAUUGAUGAAAGAAGCUAAUAAAUUAUCAGGGGUAGAACAAUUUGUUUAUAAAGAAUUUGCUCAAGCUCUAGAAGUCAUUCCAACUACUCUUGCUGAAAACGCUGGAUUAAAUCCAAUAAAUGUGGUUACAGAUUUGAGAAAUAGACAUGAAAAUGGUGAAAAAGAUGCUGGUAUUUCUGUCAGAAGAUCUGGCGCUUCAAACACUUAUGAUGAACAUGUAUUGCAACCAGUAUUGGUAAGUACAAGUGCCAUUGUGUUGGCAUCUGAAUGUGUCAAAUCAAUAUUAAGAAUCGAUGAUAUCCAAUUUAGUCGUUAG